CCACGCCGGAUGCGAGAGGUUUGCCGUUUGCCCGUCGGUAGUAUUUUAUUUUUUGGUAGUAAUUGCAAAAAAAAAAACAUGAAUAGUCGAGAAAAAAACGCAAUUCUAGCAAGGUGGUAAUGGUGGUGUAAUUAACUCGCGGUUUAGAUCGAAAGUGGGCUCUAUCAAAAGUGAUCGUUUUCGCGUUAGCUUAGAAAACAUUAGCUGUUACACCCUUCAGCGGGUGGAAAGUUUUGCACCUCAUCGGUUCUCGCUGUGGCUAAUCAGACAAACAGGAGACAAUAAGGAAUAUGGGAUGAUGGUGGUGCUCAGUGAAGCGGAAAGUCGAUGCAGUGUGCUUCUAAUGAUGAAAAGUGAAUGUGUCAUAUUAGAAUGAUAGACGUGUUCCGGCGCAUUUUUUGUGUGGGGUAAAAGUUUUGAGUGUACAGAGAAAAAAGCUCCGGCUUUUGAAUGUAGGAUAGCUACCAGAGCUGGCAGAGCAUGAAUGAAUGAAAAUUUCUACUUACUCACUAGUUGCAGUCUCGGGAGGAUCCUGAAGUGAAACGUUACGGGGGUGGGAAAGUGGGUGAAUAAAAAAAAAUUGGCUUCUUCAUUCUGAAAUGUCUCAACUUUCGCUCCAGUGAUGGUGGCCGUGCCGUUGGAUGGAAAGUGAUGCCGCUUGCGGUGCAGUAAAGAGUGUGUUUCCGAUCAAUACAAGAAAUCCUGGUGUGAGAAAAUCGUCCUGUCUGAGUCGGAAUCGCUGCGAGUGGGUACUCAUUAGUAAGCAGAAGAAAAGUGAAAAAAUCGGAAUAACAAAGCAGAAAUGGUGCAAUUCGCCAAAUACCCCUGUCAACGGUAAAAGAGUAACAUCCCACCAACUAGUUUCCGGAUCGACGACGGAACUCGCAAAACGGUAUUGAAACUGUGUUUCGAAGCACGGCAUGCCAAAACGGAAUGAUACAAGCCUGAAGAACAUUGCAAUUUAGCAUGAAAAUCACAGCACUUACCGGCAGCAGAAAGCAAGGUGUGCCUCCUGGUUGGGUUCCUACAUUAAGCGUGAUAAGCCCUAAUAACCAUCUCGUGUCAACCGGCCAAAACCCGCCCGACGAUGGUUGCAGCCCCUAUUUCAACCAUAGACAGGAACGCGGAAACGCUGCCCCUACCGUUUGGGGAGGGUACCACCGUUAAUGCCGAGGGUUGCUCCCCCCGGCAGCAGUGAGCAACAGAGUGGUUGUUGUUCUUUUUCAUUUUUCCAUCAACGCUCCACCGCUGCUGUUGCUUGCACCCGUCCCCGCAGGGGCAGUGUAAGCCUGACGUACCAGCAGACAAAGCGGCUUGCGUGUGUGAAAUCCGUUACGUGUAGCAAGCAGGUAGCUUCCGUCGACUUCCGUUCCGGCUCAUAAUACCUGUAGGUAUGGCAGACCUACCUACCGCAAUGACGCCAUCUACCGGCAGCAGUAGCAUAUUCCCCAUCUAUCUUUGUGCCUCAAUAUAAACCAUCCGUAUGUGCCGUACUGGCACCCUGCGCACAACCUCGCUUGCUUGGCUAUUACUUGUGGCCACACUGCCGGAACUUACUAACGCUGUAGAACGUUCUCGACUGAAUCUAGAAUCCAAGUGUUCAUCGCUGCGCAAACAUCUCAGCAAGUCGGCUUCGGAGCUCAGCUGUAACGAUUGUGGCGGAUCCGGCGAUUCAACGCAGUCAUCACCGCAGCGGGCUCGCAGUGCCGUCGCUGGUCCCACGAUUCCCGGAGUCAUCCAGCGGACCCAUGGUUUCUUCAACACUUUAAGGAAUCGCUGGUCCCGAGGUCGCAGUAAAGAACGGACACGGGGUGGAUCCACCGGUCAGGAUCUCGAACGACGCGACAGUCAAAGUGACUACGCGGCGGAUAACAGCUCCGAGCACAGCAGUUCUGCCACUCCGCAAACACAAUCACCCCGGCAUCGGGCACAAACGAUAGGAGAUUCACCGCUGGUGCGAUCGAACGAAAGGAAUGCUUCAAUGAGCUCGGAAGGAAACGCGCUGAAGCUCACGACCAAAGUAGAUAUUGAACCUAGUAUCAGCAGUAUAGCAGCUGUAGUAAGACCCAACGAUGUUCCCACCACGAGCGGAUACCAGGCCGCUGCGAGCUCCAGUACCAUCGGAGGCCCGGAAGAUGUGCAACGACGGCGCGAAACUCAGCUACGACAACAUUCCUUCUUCCAGCUGCGGAUACACCUCAUCAGUGGCCACAACCUGGUGGCCAUGGAUAAAAGCGGCACAAGUGAUCCGUACGUUAAGUUCAAGGUAGGCGGCAGGCUACUUUACAAAUCGAAAACCGUACACAAGGAAUUAAACCCGGUGUGGGACGAGACGUUCGUCGUACCCGUGGAGGACCCCUUUCAGCCAAUCAACAUUAAAGUCUUCGACUACGAUUGGGGUCUGCAGGAUGAUUUUAUGGGAGCGGCAAAGUUGCAGCUCACCUCACUUGAACUGAGCCGAGCGGAGGAAAUGCUCAUCAAGCUGGAGGAUGCUCAACGAGCGAACAAAGAUUUGGGAGAAAUCAAACUGAACGUCACGCUGUGGCCAAAAACCCAGGAAGAUAAGGAACAAUACUUUCAGCGAAAUCCAAAACUGGCAGACGCUUCCCGCCGACUGAAGUCGCAAAUCUGGAGCUCGGUCGUAACGAUCGUGCUGAUCGAAGCCAAAGGACUCCCACCGGACGCCGAGAACGGGCUUAACGAUGUUUACGUUCGAUUUAGAUUAGGCAACGAAAAAUACAAAAGCAAAAACUCCUACCGAGCCCGCUGGCUGGAGCAGUUCGAUCUGCACCUGUUCGACGACGAUCAAAUGCUGGAGCUGGUCGUGUGCGGGAAGUACAACACCUACGGCAAGUGUACGAUCGACCUGCGAAGUCUUCCCCGUGAACGAACGCACAUUACGUGGCAUCCGCUGGAGGAGUGCACCGGCGAGGUGCAGCUGAUGCUAACGAUAAGCGGUACGACGGCUUCCGAAACGAUUACCGAUCUGACCGCAUACCGGGAGGAUCCCGUGGAGAAAUCGGUCCUGCAGAAGCGAUACGUCUGGCACCGAUCCCUGCAGAACUUGCGUGACGUCGGUCACCUAACGGUCAAGGUGUUUGGGGCCACAGGUCUAGCGGCGGCAGAUAUCGGAGGCAAGUCAGAUCCAUUCGUAGUGCUAGAGCUAAUCAACGCUAGAUUGCAAACCCAAACCGAGUAUAAAACGUUAACACCCAAUUGGAACAAAAUCUUCACUUUUAAUGUAAAGGAUAUGUCCUCGGUGCUGGAGAUAACUGUCUUUGACGAGGAUCGGGACCACAAGGUGGAGUUCCUAGGGCGGGUGGUGAUCCCGCUGCUGCGGAUACGAAACGGCGAAAAGCGAUGGUACACCCUGAAGGACAAAAAGAUGUACACCCGCGCGAAGGGAACACAACCGCAGAUCCUGCUGGAGAUGACGGUAGUGUGGAACAGACUCCGGGCGGCGCUCCGCGUGCUGGAACCGAAGGAGGAAAAGCUCGUCCAGCAGGAGGCAAAGUUCAAACGUCAACUAUUUCUACGUAACGUAACUAGACUGAAAGCUGUUAUUAUGUAUUUUAUAGAAGUAGGACAAUUUGUUCAAAGUUGCUUCGAGUGGGAAUCCCCGGUGCGGUCCUUUAUCGCUUUAGUGCUGUGGAUUUGCGGAUGCAUUUGGUUCGAUAUUUCCACCAUCCCAGCGGCAGCCCUGCUGUACUUGCUGAAAAACUGGCUGAUACGAUGGCUAACGGGUUCGUCUUCGCCCUCUACAACCGACGAGUACGAUGUGGCCAGCGACGAUGAGGACGAGGAGGAUAAGGAAAAGGAGGAGAAGAAAACUAUCAAGGAAAGACUGCAAGCUAUACAAGAGGUUUCCCAAAGUGUGCAAAACACAAUCGGCUAUCUGGCUUCGCUGGGGGAAAGUGUGAAAAACACAUUUAACUUCUCUGUUCCCGAGUUGAGCUGGCUGACAGCUCUACUGCUGCUGGUUGUAUGCCUAGUGUUGCACUACAUUCCGAUGCGAGUGUUACUUCUGCUGUGGGGACUAGUCAAGUUCAGUCGGCGGCUCAUUCGGCCGCACAGUGUUCCUAAUAACGAAGUGCUAGACCUGUUAUCGAGAGUUCCGGACGAUGAGGAAAUUAUCAUGUGGAGAGAGUUGCCCCUGCACUCGACACCCGAUCUGGCCCGGCGGGAUCCUCGCAAGAAACACAAAACCUCGUAAUGCUACCAAACUACCCUAAGGCAAUACUUUAGGGAGCAACUUAGGAAGGUUCUGAAUAUCAACAAGAAGGACAAUUAAGCCAACGUACUUUUUGCCGAUCUUGGUAACCCUUAUACCGUUAAGCUCUCUAUUAUUUUCUCUCAUCAACUAGAGUUAGUGCUCCGAAAUAUUUUCCGUCAACCAUGAUUACUUCCAUGAAACUAGUAUACAUAAAUCGAAACAACAAUCGCAAACGCACUGAACGAAACCAAGAACGAACAAGGAAGCUUUUUUGUCACGAGACCGUUUUUUCUAGUCUAGAGACGUUAAACUAAUGCUGUUAUGUUUGUGCAAUUAUUUUAUAUGUGAUGAGCUGUAACCCAGCCGUAUUGAAUUCGCAUUUGGAACUCCAACUUAACAUGAUCAACUCCAAAUACAACCUUUAACAAUCCAGUUUAUCUAAACUUUUACAAAUCACAAAGAAACUUUAGAGUUAGCUAAAAUAUGAUUGUAAAAAAAACUACUAGUUCUAGCCAUUAACAAAAAAAUUGUUUAUUGAGUAAAACCAACGCUAAAACACCAGCCGAAUGGUGUGUCAAUUUUAAAUUUACGCUUUUCAAGUUUAACUCAUUGUUGUCCGUUUGAAACCAAUUUAACGUUCUACUAGUUAGCUCAUAAAGAAUCCAAUCAAAUCAAUCAAUCACUUGCUUUUGUUCAUUAAGUGUAUCGUAAUCCUACAAGCUAAGAAUCAAAUCACGGAAGCUUUAAUCACUCAGAACAAUUGACUUGUUUUCUCCAUACUGUACGGAAUCAUCGGGCAAAGUGUAGAGUAUCUAGAGCAAGUAUAUGUAGCAGACGAAUUAGUAAACAUAGGAAAAUUUACCCCCUGAUCCGUCCAAGCAUACAAAAAAUCUUCGUUUUGCACAUACUGCGCUAACUUAGCUGUACAUAGUCUUCUUCACUCGUAAGUUACUAAGCUGAAAAACGUUCGCAAUCAUUCAGUAUUUAUCUAUGUUUACAAUCAUUACAUAAAUGUAACAACAAAAUAUUUUUUAUACAUUUUUCCUAUUAAUCGUUAAUAAUUCACUCAGAACUAAGAACUAAGCAGCAAAGAAAGUAAUAGCGCAUUGUGAUUUAACUUACACACUGGCCCAGGUAUACACGCGCGAAACAGAGAGCGCGUAUAUAUUUUUCGAAUCGAAUAAGUCAGUCGUCGUGCUUGUCGUUAAGAGGAUAGUCAAAGAUACUUCUAACAUUCGCAGCAUUAACUACAGCACCACUACACUAUUAUAGGGCAGUCGCCUAAUUUUGCACCUUCCAAGAAAAGACUUAGGAGCCUCCUGCUAGUGUGGCACCAAGGCGCACUUACCUUGCAAUUUGCAUAGCAUCACUUAACGAGAGCGUAUUCAAAUCAAAAAGUUGGCCUAAACACCCGAAUGCUUUCGCGCGGAUUAGUAGCUAGGAGCGUAUUAAAUUUUGCUUAAUAGAAAGCAGGCAAAAAUUUCCCGUGAAUUGUGGGAACGUAAAGUUGAUUGGAAAACAGGUUGAUGGAGCACUGUUUUGGAUGUUUUCGGAAGUUUGUCAAUUUGUCAAGUUUUUUUUGUCAUUUAUCUAAAAUGAUACUUUUUUCUUCAUCAUAACUAUUUCUUUUAUAAGCUGUAUGAUCAACAAUGAAGUAAUUUGUGGCCAUUUCUCAAACAUUUGUUCGAAGGUUCUCGCAAACAUUGAAGCCUAACCUAUUCAAGAGAAUCAAGGCCCUCGGUAGCCAUUCGCGGGUCCCCUCGUGUGUCAGCCAAAACAUCCAUUCAGUUGUCUCCAGCCAUCAAUUACCAGCCGGUAGGCAAUUGACAUUGAUCGUAUCAGCUCAAAACAGCUAGAAGCACUAAGCGAAAUGGUAGUUAGGAUAGUCAGUCUAGAGCACAAUACCCAGCAGCGCACUUUUUUUUCCUUCGUCCCUCUGAAGCCCCCUUCAACCUUAACGACUGAACUUAACCGUUGAACGGCAACCGGAGAGCGUCAAAAGUCAAGAUUGCUUGUUCAAGAGUGAAACCCGUCACAGCCCCGCCGGCCGCACUAAUAAUGGGUCAAAAACGGUCAACUCAAAUGAAUUAUCUCUUUUACGUUUUAUACUUACCUGCCGAAGUUUCGCAAAACAAUCAAAUGCUUCCAAUCUUUUCAACGACGAACAUAAAUCAUUGCAUAGAAGAAAAAAACUGUACAAGCCAUGCUUAUACCGAACCACUCGACCAUCGCUCUUGUUCAUCGGCUUCCAAAUCGAUCUAAUAUCGUAACAUAAACAUAACCUCUAUCACCCCAUUCACUGUCUCUCUCUCUCUUUUCUUCUAUCUACCAACUAAACAAAAAGCGCGAUCAAUCGAACUCAUUUGCCCAGAGCAGUGAAAGUGACACUCUUACGUGCGGCCAACAGGGCCGUAAAACAAAAGUGAUCCAUUAAUAUAGUAAAAAAAAACUUAAAAUCACACUAACGUUGAAGAGUUCACAAAAUUCAAAUUAUUCAAUCACCGUUUAUUGCUAUCAUUCGACCGUUCGCCACCACUUCAGCAGAAACAUAUUUCGUCACACACACACAUUCUCACACAACCCCGCGAACGUUAUCGCAUCUGUACUGUUACCAUAUUGUAAUUACUAGUUGUAACCAGUCAACAGUCAUGAUUAUUACAUUUUACAUUUUUGGACUUUUCAAAAUAAAGACAACACCAUCAAACAAUCGAACAUAA